CGAGCAAGGAAAGCCGCUUCCUGUAAGGUCAAAGUUCACCAGCUAGCAUAGGAGCUAACUUCUUCCCGAAAAGACAAUUCACUCUGUCAAAAUGGAUGUAAGUCAAGCGAAACAGGAACACCUCCUCGCCUUAAAAGUGAUGCGAUUAACAAAACCAACACUCUUCACAAACCUGCCCGUGACAUGUGAAGAUCGAGACCUGCCAGGGGAUCUGUUUGAUCAGCUCAUGAGGGAGGACCCGUCCACCAUCAAAGGAGCGGAGGCUUUAAUGCUGGGAGAGAUGCUCACAUUACCGCAGAACUUUGGAAAUAUUUUCCUGGGUGAGACCUUCUCCAGUUACAUAAGUGUGCACAAUGACAGCAUCCAAGUAGUGAAGGACAUUCUUGUGAAGGCUGACCUACAGACCAGCUCACAGAGGCUCAACCUCUCCGCCUCAAACUCUGCCGUGGCAGAGCUCAAACCUGAAUCCUGCAUAGAUGAUGUUAUCCACCAUGAAGUCAAAGAAAUUGGAACUCAUAUCUUAGUUUGCGCCGUCAGCUACACCACUCAGUACGGGGAAAAGCUCUAUUUUCGGAAGUUCUUCAAAUUCCAGGUUUUGAAGCCGCUGGAUGUGAAGACAAAGUUCUACAAUGCAGAGAGUGACCUCAGUUCUGUGACAGAUGAAGUGUUCCUGGAGGCUCAGAUCCAGAAUAUCACCACCUCUCCCAUGUUCAUGGAGAAGGUCUCCUUGGAGCCCUCCAUGAUGUACAACGUCACCGAGCUCAACACGGUGGCAGGGGGAGAUGAAGGAGAGUCCACAUUUGGGAAAAUGUCUUACCUGCAGCCCAUGGACACGCGGCAGUACCUGUACUGCCUGAAACCAAAGCCGGAGUAUGCAGAGAAAGCUGGAGUCAUCAAGGGAGUGACGGUGAUCGGGAAGCUGGACAUCGUGUGGAAGACCAACCUCGGGGAGAGAGGGAGGCUACAGACCAGUCAGCUGCAAAGAAUGGCUCCAGGGUAUGGAGACAUCAGACUGUCUUUAGAGAUGAUUCCUGACACCGUCAACCUUGAAGAACCUUUUGACAUUAUCUGUAAAAUCACCAACUGCAGUGAAAGAACGAUGGACCUGGAGCUGGAGAUGAUGAACACCCGGUCCAUCCACUGGUGCGGGGUGUCAGGGCGACAGCUGGGGAAGCUCAGUCCUGGAGCCUUCCUCUCUCUGCCCCUCAUCCUCCUCUCCUCCGUCCAGGGUCUGCAGAGUAUUUCCGGAUUGAGACUUACAGACACAUUUCUGAAGAGGACCUACGAAUACGAUGACAUCGCACAAGUGUGUGUGGUCUGCCCAUACACGAACAAUGAGUGCUAGAACAUUUUAUUUGGCUUUUUUUGCAUUUUAGAUAUGAAUGGACCAACCUUGGGAUUCUGCACAUGAAGCUCACAUUUCACUCUUUUUGCAACCUGAUGGGAUAAUACUGUAUUUUAAAAUGAAUUGUGUAUAAUAUAAAUCACUUUCUUUGAAAUGAAUGAUGUAAAUGGGCAUAAAUGUUAAUAAAAUCUCUGUGAUCUUUGAUUUCC